UUUGCCCAGGUGUUGUAUGAUGACAGGAGGGGGGAGUAACGCAGACGAACAUGGGGACGUGAAAGUUGUAGGUGUGAAUAUGUGACAAAAGGGGGGGUUUAUUAUUAGUUAUGUAUUUCUAUGUUUCAUACUUUGUGCACUGAGUUUUAACACAUGCCAGUCGCCUCAGAAAGCAGUGAAAUGAUGACAUUGCGAGACUGGAGGCAAGCAAUCAGGACGCCAACAGCAUACCGUGUUGGGAACAGUACGUUAAGGAUUCAGACACAUUUCGUCAGCCUAAUUGUUGUUGGCGUUUUGAUAUUAUUAUUAGUAUUAUAUACUUAUAGUCCAUCUAGUCGGCAUAAAUUACGAAAUAUAGUUCUUACCCAAGACCACGCGUCUGUAGAUUACAACAUAAAAAAUUUGUAUUUACCUCCCAUAAAGCAAGAAUUUUAUAAUUUUUCUUACCCAUUGACCCCAUCAAUGACAACACCAAAGGGUGUCAUGUUUCGUAUUGGUAUUAUAAGUGAUAUGGAUAAAAGUUCCAAACAGGCAAACGAAGAAAAUGCUUGGCGAAGUUGCUUGAAAAAGGGAUACCUGACUUGGAAUGCAAAAACGGAAAAAAUAUUAGUGACCUGGGAUGAUGUGGAACCUUUGACUUUAAAAUCCAACCUUGGCGAAUCUGGCAGGGGCAUGGAACUGUCAGAACUAGUAACAUUUAAUGCCAAAAUUUUAGCGUUUGAUGACAGAACGGGGGUGGUUUACGAAAUCGACAAUGAUAAAGUUAUUCCUUGGGUGGUACUACCGGAUGGUGAUGGAAGGACUUCAAAAGGUUUCAAAAUGGAGUGGGCUACAGUGAAGGAUCAAACCUUGUACAUCGGUGGCCUUGGUAAAGAAUGGACCACAAGUUCGGGAGAGCUUGUUAACUUCAACCCUCAAUGGAUUAAAACAGUCUCCGUGUCUGGAGAAGUUUCUCAUAUAAACUGGCGUGAUAAGUACAACAAGAUUAGACGUGCUGUAGGGAUUGAAUUUCCAGGAUACAUGAUCCAUGAAGCAGUUUCAUGGAGUACAUACCAUAAACGCUGGUUUUUCCUUCCGAGACGUUCCUCAAAAGAAAAAUAUGAUGAAAAUCUGGAUAAUGAAAGAGGAACUAACAUGAUUAUCACAGCUGAUGAAAACUUUGAUGAUAUAAAGGUUACUUUCGUUGGGGAAGUUGUUCCUACCCAUGGAUUUUCAUCUUUCAAGUUUUUGCCAGGAACUGAUGACAGUAUAAUAGUAGCACUCAAAACGAUGGAGACUUCUAAAGAGCAUAUACCAACUUGCUACAUUGGAGACAAGUCAAGAGAUUUUCCUGGCCAGGGAAGUUGCUGCAUGGCUCUUGGAGCACAGAGAAUUUCACUGGCAGUAUUGUGGACUCUGAAAGCUGCCCUCACUUGCCACAAUACUUCAUCGGCAGAGGCACUCCCAAUGGCGCUGCUCAGCCUGCAAGCAAUGCCGAAGGAGGAGAUCGACGCAUCACCUGUUGACAUCAUUUAUGGGCAGCCUCUGACAAUCCUGGGUCCAAAAGAAGAACUUUGUGAAUUCCCGCUGAUGACCAGUAUGCCAGAGAUCCUUCUACCUGAUAUAGCACUUACAGGGAGUGUGCAGUGUGUACCAAAAAAUGAUUCCUUAAAGAAAAAAGUGUAAGAAAUGAAACUAAUCAUCAGAUCUAACAUUAAUUUUUA